AUGCUCCUACGGAUAGCGCUGUUCUUUGUGGUCGCCUGUUUAGCACUAAUAGUUGUCGGCGCAGAGGAUUACUACAAGCUACUCGGUCUCAAGAAAGAUGCCUCGGAGCGCGAAAUCAAGAAAGCAUAUCGAACUCUCAGCAAGAAGUACCACCCGGACAAGAAUCCUGGCGACGAUGAAGCGGGCAAGAAGUUCGUGGAAGUAGCGGAAGCCUACGAGGUCCUCAUUGAGAAGGAGACACGCAAGAUUUACGACCAAUACGGCCACGAUGGCAUUCAACAGCACAAGCAAGGUAGCGGUCCACGCCAACACGAUCCCUUCGACCUCUUCUCGCGUUUCUUCGGUGGCUCAGGGCACUUUGGACAUCAAGGCGGGGAGCGCAGAGGGCCAAACAUGGAAGUGCGAGUUGCAUUGCCUCUUCGCGACUUCUACAAUGGCCGAAAGACGGAAUUCACAAUCGAGAAGCAAGCGAUAUGCUCGGCCUGUGAGGGCUCAGGCUCGGAAGACGGCCAUGUAGAAACAUGUAGCACAUGCGGUGGACGGGGUGUCCGGAUACAACGACAGCAACUCGCACCCGGCCUGUUCCAGCAAGUACAGAUGCAUUGCGACCAAUGCCACGGCAAAGGAAAGACGAUCAAGCACCCGUGCCCCGUCUGCAGCGGUAGUAGAGUUAUCCGCGAAGCCGAAUCACAUAUUCUCGAAAUCGAGAAGGGCAUGCCGAAGGGCGUACGCAUCACCUACGAGAACGAAGCCGACGAGAGCCCUGAUUACGUUGCCGGCGACCUCAUUGUGCACCUCACUGAGGCGGAGCCUGCUAUGGGAGAACAAGAGCACGAGCGCACGGACGGAACCUUCUUCAGGAGACGGGGUAAGGACCUCUUCUGGCGCGAAGUCCUCUCCCUUCGCGAGGCAUGGAUGGGCGGCUGGACACGUAACAUAACCCACCUAGACGGCCACAUCGUCCAACUUUCGCGCAAACGCGGCGAAGUUGUACAACCCAAUCUCGUUGAGAUUGUCAAAGAGGAGGGCAUGCCGAUAUGGCACCAACACCUCGAAAACAACGAGGGUCUGCAGUACGGUGACCUGCACGUCGAGUACGUAGUUGUACUCCCGGAUCAAAUGGAGAAGAGCAUGGAGAAGGAGUUCUGGAGCGUGUGGGAGAAGUAUCGCGCGAAGAAGGGCGUUAGCAUCGACGCCGAACUUGGCAGGCCGCAGGAGCCUAUCAAGAUGCCAGAGCCAGAUGCGCACGACGAGUUAUAG